AUGCGUUUGGUCAAUAAACUUUUGCGCAGCCCUUCGGGUGCUCUUCAUGACGACCAGACUCCGCCCCAGACGCCUAUGACUCCUGGAACACCCGGCUUCGACACCGACUCUGCCCCAUUUAUGCGUCCAGCUGAUGUGAACGUGCGCCACAUAUCUGGCAUUUUCCAGCCUGCCGCACUGUCCUCACGGGGCAUCCUUCCGAAGACGGUCGUUGAAAAACCGCUCCUUCCUGAGGCUUCAAAGGAAACACCUCCUGAGAUGCUUCCUAUCUUGUCACAACUUGCUGCCCACAACGUCAGACCUUACCAUGAGGGUUACUUUAUGUUGCUGUCUGAUUUGAACAAUGACGGCAAGGCCCCGGCCAACCGCCAGUGGGAGGAGGUAUUUGGAACUCUACGCGGAACACAGUUAGCCACUUGGAACGCGACCGAACUUGAACAAAAAGGUGCCGAUGCACACCCUCACUACAUUAACAUUGACGAUGCCACGUUCAAGUCGGUUCCCAAACUGCCCAGUCCCGGCGGCGAGCUCUCAAACAUUAUCGUUCUCAGUACCACUAUGAAAAAUCGUUAUCUUAUGCAGUUUUCAUCUGCCCAAGCUUAUCAGACGUGGACGUCGGCUUUGAGGCUGGCCAUGUUUGAGCGCACCUCUCUGCAGGAAGCGUACACCGGCGCUUUACUUUCGUGCAAGGGCACACAGCUCAACGGUAUUCGCUCUCUCCUGGGUCCGACCAAAGUCCGCCGUGAUGGCUGGUGUUCGGUCCGUUUCGGCGCAGGUAUGCCCUGGCGUCGUGUUUGGUUUAUGGCUACACCUGGUCCUCUUCUCACGGCCAAAGAACACAAACAAGCAAGCGUUCCUGGCUUGCCUGAGCUCUCCAAAAAGGAGCGUGCCAACUACGGUCGCAUUGCUUUCUACGAGUCUGCCAAGAAUCUCAAGAAGCCUUUGGCGAUUAUUGUACGGGCCCAUAGUGCAUAUGCUUUGUUUCCAGAGAAGGCUAUCCUCAUGGAUAUGUCUUCAUUGUUAAAGAUUGAAGGCCAUGUUAUUUUUGCUGGCGAAGAGAAAGAAGCAAAACUGUCCAUGGUUCAUGUCAUGCCCGAUCCUCGACCUUGCAUCCAAGGGUUUGAGAUUCUUAUCCGUUUCCUGAUUCCUGUAUUUGAUGUGUUCAACUUGUACGGCCGCCCGCAGCGGUUGAAUGCCGAUAAAGCAGAUAUGCGGUCGUUGCUAUUUGCAAUGCCCACAUUGCCUCAUGUGUACUACUGUGAUAUUGCUGAUGUCCAAAUGCUGCUUUCACAGUCUGGAUGGGAGAACUGGGAUUGCAAGAUCUGGAUCGAUAAGAUCCGGGAAUUGCUCGCUCGUAAGAUUGCUACAGGGUACCGUGGUUUAGGCAAUAUUCAUGACUUCAGUUCUGACCAUUCUAGUAUUGGUGCCGGAAGCUUUGCGGAGAGCUCUAAUGACAAGACCCGAGCUGCCCGAGCAGUUUCCCAGCCAGGCCGUAUGAAUGUACCGAACCUCCAGGCGUCCUCAUCAGACUCGUUGCCCCAAAGCAUUGAUUCUCACUCUACGGGGUCUCAUAUGGCUUUAGGUCAAUCUCAAGAGAAUCUCAUAAAGGAGGUUCGUGCGAAGCCAGCAGGCACAUACAAUGCGUAUGGUGGUCAGCCCCAGAAUACCCGCAACCAGACUCAGUUUGGUGCGAACCAGCAGCAGGCACCUGCUCGUCCCCUUCAGGUUUAUCCCAAAAUUGCUCCUUCGGGACGGGUGGCUCCUCCGCCGCCAAGCGAUAUCAGGCAACCCAAGAGGCCCAGUGGGUCUCGGCCAAUGCCGGGGCAUGAACGCUCUCAAUCUGAAGGACAAGACCCCAACACGCUUAUCAUUGCGCCUGGGAGUGGCCCAUUGACACCUACUUUCAAUAACGAUUCCUGGGCUGCGAAACCUGAGAAUCGUAACUCGGAAGUAUCUGUUUCUGAGUCGUUCCAGUCAGCAUCUGACACUCUGGACCAAAACAGGCCUAAUACUGCAUCUACCUCGUCUGUCAACGUAUUUGACCCUGGCUACCGUCGUCCGACGGCGAAUACGGCCGACCCUGCGGUUGCUAACGAGGCGAAAGAUAGAGCCAAGCACAAUUCGUAUGCGCAAUACUCGGAUUAUAUUGAGACGUAUAUCCCAAACCAGGGAAAGACGACAACUAAUGAUGCGGCGGCUCAGCGGCCUGCUUUGUUGGAAAUCAAAAAGGUUGAACCCGAUGUGUCGCAUGCGCCGAUGCCUACGACGCCUGUUAACGUGAUGUCUCCACCUUUGAGCUUCGAUAGCCCUUCGGCGAUCAGCCAGGCUCGGAACACCGAGUCGCCGACCUCUGCUGCCCCUGCUUCUACGUUCCAGAACCCUUACGGGACUCGAAAUUACGGGGGCGCGUCGUCGUCCGACUUGGUCGCACCGCGUUCUCAGCAGCAGCAGCGUCGUCCGUCUGGACCUCGCGACCCAACUGCUCAACUUCAGCAAUCGCCGCAGCGAAAGUAUCCCAAUACACAGGCACCUCAGACUGCUCAGCCUAUGCGUGUCCAGCCUGCGAUGCAGCAGCAACAGCAGCAGCAGCCCUCACUGGGUCAGGUAUUCGGUCAGCUUUUGAGUCAACCGAAAAUGUCUGGCGUGGCUCGUCCGCAUAGCCCUGGUCCUCAGGGCAGUUAUGGCGCACACCCUCCUCAGCAUGGAAGCCCCGGUCAGCAAGCUCCUCUGGGAAACCCUGGGUACAAUCCUUAUGCGCAGUACUCACAGCCUCCAAUUCAAAGCGUGCCGAAUCCUUAUGCGCAGUACUCACAACCUCCAGUUCAAAGUCAACCCAAGCAACAGGGGCCCUAUCCUGGACGGCCUAAUGCCCCGCCACUCAUGCAGCAACCCACGCAUUCUCACGAGAACCUGGGUGGCCGCCGGGGACCCCCUCAGCAGGGCCCCUAUGGCACGCAUGUGUAUGCUCAGGCCCAGCCCCGGCCUCAUCCUCCUGGUGCACGCCGGGGGGUGCCAUCGAGUCCGUCCCACCGGCCCGUUGCCAAGGGACAAAUGCCGCCAGGAUCAACGUAUAGCCAUCGCAGCGACGGACCGUAUGCAGCGGUCCCCAGGAGCUGA